UCACAGCAUUGCCUGGCACCUCUCUGCAUCUCCAGUCGCGGUUGACCCGUCGUCAUUCUGCGGUUGCUACUGCUAACUACCCGGUGAUCACGCCUACUACAUGCCCCGCAGCAAGGAUCAAGGUUCCCAGGCUUCCUCCAUCGCUCGUACAUCACCAAUCCUCCCAACCAGACUGCAACACCAUCGAGUCAGUAUCCCAUCGCGACAACGACCAUGGCGAACCUCUUCCGUCGCAUCUACGACUGGCUGCUCCGCCUAUUCUGGGCGACUGAGAUGGACAUCACCAUGAUAGGAUUGCAAAACGCUGGCAAGACGUCGUUGUUGAGGGUUCUGGCGGGCGGAGAGUUCACUGUUGACUCCAUCCCCACCGUUGGCUUCAACAUGAAGCGUGUGCAGAAAGGCCAUGUCACCUUGAAGUGUUGGGACCUGGGAGGCCAGCCUAGGUUUCGUUCCAUGUGGGAGCGGUAUUGCCGCGGGGUAAAUGCCAUUGUGUUCAUCGUUGACUCGGCUGACAAAGAGGCCUUGCCAGUUGCUGGCGAGGAGCUCAAGCUGCUGCUGGAAAAGCCGGCUCUGGAGGGAAUCCCGCUCCUUGUCUUGGGCAACAAGUCGGACUUGCCUAACAAGCUUUCGGUGGAUGAGCUGAUCGAGGCGUUGGACCUCAAGUCAGUGUCGCACCGCGAAGUGAGCUGCUACGGCAUCAGUGCAAAGGAAGAGACGAAUCUGGACGCUGUGCUGCAGUGGCUGAUCGCUCGGGCCAGCAAAUGAGGUAGUUUGUGUUGUUUGUAUUCAAUCGGGCGGUAACGUGACCGACGGGGUCUUAUGGGCCACACGACGCUCGCAAUGCAUUCGGUUCGGGGUUGUGUUUUUUUGAUGGCAACUUUUUACGGCCGCCGACAUGGUUUGAUU